AUGUCUGGCCAAGGGAAACUUGGCAGAGCAUCCACUUCCUGCAGCCAGGAAGAUGUCAACAAGCUCCUAAGGGAGAAUUGUACCAGCUUGGGAGAUGGCUACAAAGACACGAACUUUGCCAUGGUGGUAGCUUCCUAUGAGAGUUUUUUGCUGGCCUUGCUGUCAAAGACACCCAGGGUCAACAAAACUCUUUUGCAGACUGCUGUCUUGAAGACCUUUGAGGGCACCAGUGUGGAUGAAGCGAAAUAUUUUGGCAGGCAACUGGCUUCUGCUUUGGUUGAAUGCAGAAGUAAAAAAAAGAGCACCACCAGUGGUGCCAAAACCCAUCCUGCUGUCAAAAGGGUGAUGGAUGCCAUGUCUAAAUGGGAUCACCUGGAGCCUUCCAGUCACCAAGUUGCUGCUCCCAAGCGUUCAUUUUCCCAAGCUUCUUUGCCUGUGACAGAGGCUGCUCAGUCUGCCAGCAGCAGCAAAGCUGAAGCUAGCAGCAGUAGCAAAGUGAAUCCCUAUGAGCUUUAUGGAGUGAGCCCACCUUCCAAAAGGAGAGCCAUGAAAUCCCAAGUGUUUGCAGUGGAUUCUUCUUCUCAGGAGGGGAAUGCCUCUCCUGUUGCAGACAUGGAAGUAGCUCCUGAACACCAGAAUGGAGACACUGCUGCUGUGCUUUUGCAAUUCUUCGACCAGGAGAAGGGUGUCAUGAAGAGGCAGCUAGCCAAUGGUGAGACAUUGGAAGCCCAAUGUGUUCCUGGGGACAAAGGCUUUUUGCUGUACCAAUUUGGCAAUGAGGAGCAGUGUGAGUCAGAUACUCCCAACCUGGCAUUGCACAUUGUUUCCAAACCGAUGAAAAGGCCAGCCUCUGCAGCUUUGAAGAAGCCUGCAGCAUCCUUGGCCCUGGAUGCAGUUGCAGAACCUGAGGAGCCUGAGGCAAUUGCAGAACCUGCAGCCUCUGUGUCAAAUGAGGCUUUGGCCUGGUAUGGCCAUGCUGAUUUGAAUGCCCUCAAGCAGUGGGGAGGGGAGUGGAACCAGCAGCAGCUCAUUGAGGGAUCAUACAAGAAGCAGAAGAACCGAGGUCAAAAGCGCCAGGCCAACCAGUAUUGGAUGGACAAGAUGGAGAAGAAGGGCAUGGUCUGGUGUUCAACCCAGUGGAAGUAUGUGCCAAAGGGGGAGGAGGUCACAAAGCAAGAUGAGCCAGCUGAUAAGAAGCCCAAGACUGUGGAUUUGUCAGGAGGACUGCCUCCUUAA